UAAGACUCCGCAUGAGUACUGGCGCAUGCGCGAUUGCUCAGUUCAAACUGGGAAGCGACUUGCACCCGCAAACCGACGACUAUCUUUCUCUCGUUAAGUCAAGUGGUUGCAUUUUGUUUCGGGUUGCAUUCACGGGGGGAAAAAACUGCCCAACAACGAUGAACUUUUUUGGUUUUGGUCAAAGUGCGGACAUCGAUAUUGUUCUCAAUGAUGCCGAAACAAGGAAGAAAGCUGAGCAUAAAAGCGAGGACGGCAGAAAGGACAAAUAUUUCCUCUUCUACGACGGGGAAACGGUGUCGGGGAAGGUCAACGUCACACUCAAGUAUCCUGGCAAGAGGCUGGAACACAACGGAAUCAAGAUCGAAUUUAUUGGGCAAAUAGAGCUCUACUAUGACCGGGGAAACCACCAUGAAUUUGUUUCUCUGGUGAAAGACUUGGCGCGGCCAGGGGAGCUCACGCAGUCACAGACGUUUGACUUUGAGUUCACUCACGUGGAAAAGCCCUAUGAGGCUUACACUGGCCAGAAUGUCAAAUUACGCUAUUUUCUGAGAGCCACCGUCAGCCGCAGACUGAGUGACAUCGUCAAAGAAGUGGACAUUGUGGUUCACACCCUAAGCACAUACCCUGAUAUCAACUCCUCCAUCAAGAUGGAAGUAGGCAUCGAGGACUGUCUCCACAUAGAGUUCGAGUACAAUAAAUCCAAGUAUCACCUGAAAGAUGUUAUUGUCGGCAAGAUUUACUUUUUGCUUGUGCGAAUUAAAAUUAAGCAUAUGGAGAUUGACAUCAUCAAGCGGGAAACGACUGGCACCGGCCCAAACGUCUACCACGAGAACGAUACCAUAGCCAAGUAUGAAAUCAUGGAUGGUGCACCAGUCCGGGGAGAGUCCAUCCCCAUAAGGCUGUUUCUAGCGGGCUAUGAGAUAACGCCCACCAUGAGGGACAUAAACAAGAAGUUUUCAGUUCGCUACUACCUCAACCUGGUCCUCAUCGAUGAGGAGGAGAGACGGUAUUUCAAACAACAGGAAAUCACCCUGUGGAGGAAAAGUGACGUUGCGAGGAAGAGCAUGUCUCAUCAAGCCAUCCUUGCCUCCCAACGCUUCGAAGGCUCCUCCCACCCAGAGAAAAGUCAGGCUGGUGAAAAGGACAGCUAAGAAGUCCAUACCACUCCUGCAGCGAGUUGUGAAUAUGAAAAUUGUUUUCGUGCGUCAGGAGAGAAUGCGCUGAACUUAGUAGCUUUGCAAGUGUAUGUCAAGGGAACAGGGCACGGUCAGCUUGUACUUGCAAAUUUCUAGAUUAGUUUCUUUGGAACAGCUGGAGGUCCCAGAUUGGUACAGUUAACCCAAUGGAUCUUAUUUCGCUGUGAUGCUUAAUUUUACAGACAAAACAAAUACAGUGUUCCCUCGCUAUUUUGGCUGGUGCGGCUUCACUCCAUCGUGGGUUUUCAUUUUUGACGAUAACUUUGUGUAUUCUUCUUUUUAAGGGAGGGGAAAUUUGUUUUACUAAAACCAAGAACAUGAACAUUAGAGCUGGUCAGCCCCAAAAACCGAGUUCCUGUGUGGGUGGGUGGGGUGUUUAAAAAUGGCCGAAUAGAAAAUCAGUCAACAUCUACUUUUGGGGGCUAUUUUGGGGCUCGUGUAAUAUAUCACCCUUAAAAAGUGAGUGAACACUGUAUACGCUAAAUUAAGUCUUGAAUUGGCAUUAGUUUUACAAAUAUCAGCCUCUUCUGCAUGUCUCGAACAUGGCCUUGAAUUCUAGCCACUUUGUGCUGCAGCUGUGGUCAACUCUAAAUCUCACAUUUUUCAAUGUUUAAUUGCUGGUUUGGGAAACUUAUAUUCGCUUUUAGUUCAAGAGGAAGUGAAUUGAAGAUGCUUAAAUAUUUUCAUACAUUCCACCAGAAAUGACGUAUUUAUUUUUUUAAUAGCAUCAGAUAUGAAUGAAUGCCUUACCUAGUGUAGACGCCACUUUUUGGUCUCUUUUGAAGGGGAGGGUGGGAAACAUUUACAGUGAAGGAAUCAAUAUUUUAUUUUUUGACAGAUCAAGCUUAUUAUAUAUUCACACACACAAACAUAUAUACCUGUACACACUACUCAUAAAAGCAAGGGAUAUUUGGGUUUCAUGUGAAAUUUAUGGACAAUGUAAAAUGUUCACGCUGCAGUGUUGGCAUACAUAAGUUAACAACAAGGAUGGGUACACCACAACAAAAAAUUUAAACCUGCCAACUCAAACAUGUGACCUUUAGCAUCAAUCACAGCUUGACAACGACUUCUCAUGCUGUUCACAAGUCGACUUAUUGUUUGAUGAGGCAUGUCAUCCCACUCUUGAAGGGCAGCCCUCAGGUCAUUGAGGUUCUUGGGAGCAGAGUUUUGAGCCUCUACAUGGCGACUCAGCUGAUCCCAUACGUUUUCAAUAGUAUUCAGCUGCAGUGUAGGCUAUUCCAUUUGCGGUACACUAAUUUCCAGCAGUUGCUCCCUGAUGAUGUGACCUUGAUGAGCUGGAGGAUUGUUGACCAUCAAGAUGAAAUUAGGCCCAUGUUGUUCAUGUCGGGGCACAAUCACUGGAGGAAAAAUGCUAUUCACAUAGUAUGGAAUUGUCACAAAGCUUUGUGACCUGCCCACAUCGUAACACCGCCACCACCAAAAGCUCGUCUCUCGGUAUCUCCGUUGCAACCUGCCUAUGACACUCGAAGGUCAGUGGCCACUUCCGUCUGAGAACGUCCCAUUUGAACGACCAUUUAAACACCAGCUCUAAUUGAACCAGUACAUGCAUGUUUGCACUGUGCUUGAGGGGAAAGAAAUUUCAUCUGUGCUGUAUGUUGCACUUCGAGCAUAUUUGACAAUAAAGCUGACUUGACAUGUAUUGGUGGA